AUAGGCAUCCAGCUACAAUCCGAUCGCAACUCGCAGCGUGCACACACGCUAUCAAUCGAGUAUUUGCCCAAAAAAUAUUCCGCCGUGCGAAUAAACAAACAAACGCCUUUUUUUAUCUGUGCGGUAUUCAGUCAGUGUGUAUCCGUGGAUAAUCGAAAUCGUUGCAACAAUUUUCGGCAUUUCAAGCAGUCUUAACAUACCAGACUUAUCAAAAUGCCACCAAAUGUAACAUCGGUACCCACCGAAGUGAGGGAGCAUGAUGAUGACCUUCUCCCUGUGGAGGUGGCCGCUGAUGAGCGUAAACACAAGCCAGAAAAGAUGCAGUUUGUCUGGAGGAAUAUUAUUCUAUUCGCCUACCUGCACAUGGCAGCUCUUUACGGCUUUUAUUUGAUCUUCACCUCGGCUCAGAUCAAAACCUCUUUGUUCAAUUUCCUUCUCUAUCAGCUUGGUGGUUUGGGUAUUACCGCCGGUGCGCAUAGAUUAUGGGCACAUAAGUCCUACAAAGCAAAAUGGCCGCUGCGAUUUUUCUUGACUUUCUGCAACACACUGGCUUUCCAGGAUGCAGUUGUUGAUUGGGCUAGAGACCAUCGUAUGCACCACAAAUACUCUGAGACAGAUGCUGACCCACACAAUGCUACUCGUGGAUUCUUCUUCGCUCAUGUUGGUUGGUUGUUGGUACGCAAGCAUCCGGACAUCAAGAAGAAAGGACACAAUGUUGACAUGAGCGAUCUUUAUGCUGAUCCGAUCCUCCGAUUCCAAAAGAAGUACUACCUUACUCUCAUGCCGCUUGUGUGCUUCAUUAUGCCCGCUGUUAUCCCGAUGUACUUCUUUGGCGAGACCUUCUCUAACGCGAUGUUCUUGAAUCUCUUCCGUUAUGCAUUUACCCUUAACGCUACCUGGUUGGUCAACUCUGCUGCACAUUUGUUCGGAGAGAAACCUUACGAUCGUUUCAUCAAUCCCGUGCAGAAUCUGAUGGUUGCUUUGUUGGCUCUGGGUGAAGGAUGGCAUAACUACCAUCACACCUUCCCCUGGGAUUACAAGACCUCCGAAUUGGGACGUUACAGUACCAACACCACCGCUGCUUUUAUUGACUUUAUGGCAAAGAUUGGCCAGGCUUACGAUCUCAAGACCGUCUCACAGGAAAUGGUAAAGGCUCGCGUCAUUCGUACCGGCGAUGGCAGUCACGACCUCUGGGGAUGGGGAGAUAAGGACACCACUAAGGCAGAUCGCGACGUCACACUCAUUACUCACCGCAAACAAUCUUAGACGAUGAUGCUAAACUAAGCAGUGAAAACCAAAACCAAAAUGAACAUUUAACUAAGCGAUAUUUAUAUUUAUGACAUACGGUAGCAGGUUAGAGUCAAUGAACUAAUUAGAUAUGGAUGGACCGGAAGUGAUAGUUAAAUUGAAGACAUGUGAUGUUCAUUUUGGAUAUUAUUAACACGAUUGAAGACAAGUUCAACACAUCACUAGAAUUUAUAGGACAGGUUGCGGGACAACUUGAAACGAAAUGGAGACUGACUUUAACGAAUGUUAGAAAACUUGAGAAUGUGAGCGAGGUGCUCGGAACGAUUUUGGAAACCAAAUUUUGUACAUUUUGUAUAAAUUUAGCACAAAACAUUAACUGAAAACUAAAUGGGAGCAUUUGUACGCAGUGUACAACAAUCAUGCCACAAUUAUUGUUACUAACUGUUACGAAUUAAUUACGAAUUGUUGGAUGAUCAGAAAAGAAGCUAUGGAAGAUGUGUUAAAAUACUUAGUCGCAUAACGUAUUUUUGUAUUAUAUCCGUAUGUGUGGGCGCUCUUAUAUAAAGCAUGGUGAUAUUAGAUCAUUUAUAUUAAUACAAUUAUAAAAUAUUAAAAUAAAAUAUAAUUUUCUUAAUUAAA